CCUCCCAGGCCCGUGCUCCAUCCACUCCACCAUGCUGCUCCCACUGGAGCUGGACACCAUUCACGUCCCACUUUGGAGCUCGCGGUCUUAAUCCCCAUUUUACAGACGAGGUGACUGAGGCCCGGAAAAGUGGACAAGUAGUAAGGCUGUUUUAACUCCUGGAUGUUUUUAAUAAAUCCACUUUAACAAGACAGCUUACUUGCGUCUGAAUCCAGGUGACUUCAAUUAAACCGACGCACAAGUAUAAUUGAUUAGCUGGGAGGGCUGAGGCUCCGUAGAGCAGAGAGAACUGGCAACUGUAGAGAAAGGAAGGACGCAUAUUAGAAGGUCCCUUGAGCAACCUGAGAUCUUGGAGAAAUCCUUCCUCAACACUGAGUUUGAAGCACAGCAGUACUAUGAACUGGCUACCGGUGGAAGAGAGCCUGAGCUUCCAAGCGUUCUUCCGGCACUCGGCUCAGAUGGAGGACCUGAAGUACGAAUUCAAUGCGAGCGGCGAGCUGCGACACAUCGAGACCCAGGGGCCUUACGUCUUCAACUAUUAUAAAAACGCCCUCGAGAGGAACAGCCGCCGCCACCGGGCCUUGGGCCGCUUGCUCGAACGGUACGUCUACGCGCUGCUGGAGCGGGUCUGCCGGCUGAAGAGAGUGUACAUUCCGACGGACGCCUCCGCCAGGGAGCCGAGGAGCUGCUUUUUCAUGAGCGAGGAGGCUCCGACUAACCCCACGCUCCUCGUCCUCCUUCAGGACCGGGGGAUCCUCCGAGCCGGGCAGUGGGGUCAGAGGACCGUCAUCCACGACGGCCUGCGACACGGAACCCAGAUAACCUGCAUCCGGAUGGCCUUCCACUGGCACUGGGAUGUCGUCGUCCUAAACCCCAACGAUAAUUUCUCGGACCUCAAGUUGGAAGAAGAGCGGGACGGCCUCCCGGCUCCCCCCGGGCCGUCGUCCCCCUCGGGGGUUCCCGGGGCCGGGACGCCGGACGGCUCCCGGUGCCUCCCCAAGAGGUGCAGCGGCACGCCCGAGGAACAUACGACUUACAUUUGGGACCAUUUCAUAUCGAAGAGCGCGGCCAGGGACGUAGCCUUCGUCUGCCACGGCUACGGGGGCUUAGUCUUCGUGGAGCUGCUGAGUCGGAGAAGGGGGGAAGUGAUGGGCAAGGUGUUUGCCGUGGCCCUGGUUGAUUCCGGCCACCACGUCGGACACCAGCUGGGAAGAGACGAGCUUCUGUCGGCCUGGAUAAAGCAGCACUGCCGGGAGUGGGUGACGAGCCCCAAGCGCCUCGAUAAGCCUGCGGGUUCCGUUUUGAAAGCCGACUGUCCUACGGUCUCCGCGGGGACGGAAAAGCCCGGCUUAGCCCUUUCUUGCAGUCUCCGGUCCAUUUUCAAAUUCUUUAAAACGGCUUUAAAAGCCAAGACGGUUGUCUUCUCUCGCGCACCGAUUGUAACUCGGAGUUCCACGAAAAGAAAGUUAUAAAAGCAUCAGAGGUAUUCCACACCUCCACCCCCCCCCCCCCCCCCUGGGUCCCCUUCUUCUUCCAUUCCCUUAAUCCCUGCUCUACAGCUUCCAGCGCUAUCAGAUCGUGGGCCCUGACCCGAAUUGCUCACUGGCUGUUUCAUCUUUAUUUUGUUUGCUUCCAAUACCUCGACUCGCAUUUGGCUUUUUGGAAGGGCGAGGAAUUCAAGAAAUUCUGAAUACCUCAGUUCACUGAUUCAUAUGGAGGAAAAAAUUUCCAACUUGGUGGAAGGGUUCGCUUUGGUUAGGCCUUUUUACCCCCAGCCCAGGGAAGUUAUUUUUUAUUAUUAUUAAUUAGAUGAUGAAUUUCCACCACUUAUUUCAAACUCAGAAUUUCUGUAAAGUGACAUGUUAUGACUUCAGCCUUGAUGUGGGCCAAAAAUUAAACCGAAGGAAAAACGA